AUGGUCAAGGGCGAGACGGACCUUUCUCAUGAAGAGAUCUGGGAUGAUUCGGCGCUGAUUGACUCUUGGAAUUCCGCUCUUGAUGAGUACAAGAGAUAUCACAGCAUCCACGCCAAGGGCGGCAGCCUCCAGGACCUUGAGAAAGUGGUUGAGGAGAGUGCUGCCAGAAGAGAAAAUGCGUCCGAAGGUCAAUUUGAGGAUCCCAACAAGCCCUCAGAUCAAUUGUCAGAGACCGCUGCCAUCGACGAACCACGCCCGCAGAACGCAAUUGGGCAACAGCAAACAUCUCCAGGACCCUCUCCGCCCGAGGUACUCCUAGGCUCAGUCCAAGACGAGAGUCUCAAGAAGCUGAUGAUGGCUUGGUACUACGCUGGGUACUACACUGGCCUGUUUGAAGGCCAGCAGCAAGCACAGAAAAAGCCUUAA